AAACUGGUCGCUGUACGGAAGUUAGAGAGAGAGACAGACGCAAUCGAAGGGGUGAAGCAGAUUAACGUUCGAUAGUUAGCUCAGCUGACUAGUUAAACAAUGUUGGCAGCUCAACUACGGUAACUGGGCCCUGUCGCGAAGGGGGAGGUGAAAUUCGGUUCCUACUCUAAUUUGUUGUGGUAUCGGCAGAUCGCCAGUCAUGGAGAUAACCGAGGCAGAGGCCGGAGAGCGCAGACGGGAGCACUGGAAGCUGCUCUCAAACCUGAAGACCACGGUGGAGGGGCUUCUUUCCACCAACAACCCCAACGUGUGGUCACGCUACGGAGGCCUGCAGCGGCUCCACAAAGACAUGAACAACAUCCUGAGUCAUGGUCUGAGGCAUGAGCAGGUGUUCUGUAAGCAGAAGGACUACUGGCCCUUUGUGUGGUGCGUGCGUCAUAUCAGCCCCCAUCUGGCGCCACAUGUGGAGCAGUUCAACAAGCUGGAGCCGGUGGUUGGCGGAGGAGUGCAGAGCGUGGGGGAGGGGUACAAGGCCGAGCGCUGGCUGCUGCACAGUCUGCAGAUCCACCGUCUGUCUGUGCAGCUCCGUCCCCUGCUGGGACACCAGGCUCACGUGCGCAAGCACUACAACGAUGAGGCAUUUGUUCUGAGCGAACCGCACGUUUCGGCCAUGUUCCAGUGUCUGGAGGCCGUGGAGCAGAAUAACCCUCGCCUACUGGCCCACAUUGACACGGGCAGGCUGUCCCACCUGAAGGAGACUCCUUUGGGCCUGCUGAAGAGCCAGAGCCUGAAUGUACUGCCAGGGGCCCAUAGCGACCUGCACUGCCGGCUCGCCUCCUCCCGGGCCUCCCUCAGAGAGGGGCCUUCAGGUGGCCCUCUCUCAGGCAGUGCCCUUGGGGUCCCGUGGGUGUGUGUGGUCGGGGACCCGGGGCCGACGGACUCCGGCGCCUCUCAGGGGGUCCGGACGAGCCCGCCGGCAGAUCCGGGGGACGGGGAUUUUGACGACGGGCCGGAGUACCUGGCUAUCGGGAACCUGGGACAGCGGCGGCGUCGGGUCUCCUCCAGCUCCACCUCCAGCGAGCCGGGGGAGGGGUCUGCGCCCCGGCAGGGCUUACUGGCCCCGCCCGCAAUGCCUCGCAGCUCCUCCUUCUCUGAAGGCCAGGGGGGGCCCGGCCGGACCUGCAGGGGUCACACCCGCUCGCUGUCCGACACGGACGUCGCUGCCGUCGCCCAGAAAAAGCACAGCCAAGAGUCGGUUGGUGAAGUUUGUAGGGUGAAGGAUUGCGGGGCUUUCUCUCCGCUGAGCAGUGGCAGCAGUACAGCCAGUUCUCUGUACAUGGAGUCAGAUGGCUGUCAGAGCAGCAUGUCCGACGGCUUGUUCCGAAGGCCCUCGAAGGGGCAGAGCCUCAUCAGCUACCUCUCGGAGCAGGACUUCGGCAGCUGUGCAGACCUGGAGAAGGAGAACGCCCACUUCAGCAUAUCUGAGUCGCUCAUUGCCGCCAUCGAGCUGAUGAAGUGCAACCUGCGUCGGCGGGAGGAGGAGGAGGAUGAUGACAGCGACUGCGAGAUCCAGCAGCUGAAGCAGAAGAUCCGUCUGCGCAGACAGCAGAUCCGCAGCGUUCGGCUGCAGCCCGGAGCGCCCCCGCAGCACGUUUUCCACUCCACUGACAGCGGGGAGUCUGGCCGGAGCUCCCAGAAUUCCAUGCGGCUGUCGGACUCCGGCUCGGCCGAGGAGGUGGAGGAGUGCGAGCUGAGAGAUGACAGUGAGGGCGGGUCCCUGAUGGUGAUGUCUCGGAACGGGCUGUCUCUGUCACUCGCCUCCCUUUUCUCAGAUGCUGACAUCAAGCGCAGCGUGACGUGCGCCGACACUAGCAGGUCGUUCCUAAGCUCAGCAUCAGUCUCCCACUCCUUCCUGCAGUCCAACUCGGCCGAGUCGGUCGCCAUGGGGCUGCUGAGGCAGUUUGAGGGCAUGCAGCUGCCAGCUGCCUCUGAGCUGGACUGGCUGGUCCCGGAGCACGACGCCCCCCAGAAGCUCCUUCCAAUCCCCGACUCACUACCCAUCUCCCCUGACGACGGUGAGCACGCUGAUAUCUACAAGCUGCGGAUCCGGGUGAGAGGGAACCUGGAGUGGGCCCCGCCCAGACCUCAGAUCAUCUUCAACAUCCACCCGGCACCCAAGAGAAAGGUGAUUGUGGCCAAACAGAACUACCGGUGCGCUGGCUGCGGCAUCCGCGUCGACCCAGACUACAUAAAGAGGCUGCGAUACUGUGAGUACCUGGGACGAUACUUCUGCCAGUGCUGCCACGAGAAUGCCCAGGCAGUGGUGCCCGGGCGGGUGCUCAGGAAGUGGGACUUCAGCAAGUACUACGUCAGCAACUUCGCCCGAGACCUGCUGGGCAAGAUCGCCGGAGAUCCCCUCUUCAACCUCAAUGACAUCAACAGCGCCCUCUACAGGAAGGUCAAGGCACUGGAGACCGUGCGGGUGCUGAGGGUGCAGCUAUAUCACAUGAAGAACCUGUUCAAGACUUGCCGCCUGGCUAAAGAGGUGCUGGACCAGUUUGAUAGCAUUCCAGGUCACCUGACCGAGGACAUGCACCUCUUCUCCCUUAACGACCUCGGUACUGUGUACCGCGGAGAACUGGCCCCCCGGCUGAGACAGCUGCUGCAUUUGGGUUCCGUGCACGUUGGGGGCUGUGUGCUCUGCCAAGCAAAGGGAUUUGUUUGCGAGUUCUGUGGCAAUGACAAGGACAUCAUCUUCCCCUUUGAGCUGAAUAAAUGCCGGCGUUGUGAAGAUUGCAAGGCGUGCUACCACAGAGGAUGCUUCAAAGGCGGUAAGGAGUGCCCGCGUUGCCGGCGGCUAGCUGAGAGGCGGGAGAGGCUGGCGCGGAAGAUCAUGGACAAGCAGGAAGAAGACGAGGAGGACGAGGGAGGAGGGAGCUCGUAGGGAAGGAGAGACGGAGGGCCGGGAGGGAGGCGCAAUCGGACACUCCUCACCCCUCUGCCACUCCUCAUUUCCCUCCCCAAUCCUGGACAGUGGGCCCUCCCCCUGGCUGAAACGCGCGUUCUCGACCAAGGGAUUCGCCGGCUUCCAGGGCUUAAGGUCGGCUGCGGUAGGAAUAUUACACGCUUCUUGUGAGGUGCAGUCGCUUGCUUUAGUAUUCCAAAUCUCAAAGGACGUAAUUAGACAUGCGUUUUUUGCGUUGCUGAUCCAGUGGGAUGUGAACUUUUUGUUUUAUCCCGUUUUUGCUUCCAGAUCCGUGCAAUUAGAUCGUUAGUGUGAACAAGGAUUCAGCUUCUUUUUCUCAAGACGACCCCCCCCCCCCCCCUCAAAGAAAAUGGCUGCACAGUGAUGCUACAUUUGGCCCGCUGAAUCACUGAGACUAUCCGUUCUCUUAUGACCAUGCUAAAGAUGUGUAAUAUUUCAACCCCAAGCCUACAUAAGCCCUUUUAAGCUGCGCUGUAGGAUUGUUUGAGGCUUGCUAUUGCGGCUAACCGAGAAAGAUUGGUGAAGAGCGCGUGAAAAGAGUGUGAUUAUGUGUGUGCGAGAGAGAGAAGUGCACUUAAGGAGAUUCCUGGAGAUUCUCUUCCUGUUUACGUCUGUCAGUUCUGGCCAGACUGCAUCGAUGCUUGAAUGUUUGGCGUGCACUUUUGGAAUUUUUUUUUUUUUUUUUUUUUAAAUGCUGUGUUGCUGCAUUUUAUUUCCAUUGCACUGUUUAAGACUACAAGGGGUGGGAAAGUGCUUCAUCAGACUGUAGAGGUUAAAGGGAUAGGUCACCCAAAAAAAUUAACGCUCUUCUUUUUUUUCUCAUGGUGAGAAAUGUUUGUUGACCCUCUGCAGUGUCUUUUUCAGGUUGUAUUAGUCAGAAAGGUUCCCCAAAAAAUGAACGGAAGUCUAUUGUCAAGGAAGAUCUUGUCAAAGUUUUGCUUUAAAAUCUUUGAAGAUUACUAACUGAACAGAUGCACGUUUUACAUUUUAUUUUUUUAAAACCAUAGUACAACUGUCGAUUGGUGAUGCACUGAAAAGCAUCACAUCGUGGUCAAUCACUUAGCACCCUUCAACGAAAUAAAUAUGUAUAUGGCUUGCGAUGUAAUGAGUAACUAUGUAAUACCUUCAACAGUGAUUCUUGCCUCAUUAAUGUGCAUAAUCUGCAGUUGUACAACAGUUUCAAAUAAUUCAUCUUUCCCCAUCAAAUAAUAUAGCACAUGCAGCUGUUAGCCACUUAGCUUGUUAUUCAUUGUAAUGAAAAUGACAUAAUUUAAGAGGUUCUAUAUAAUAGAUAAGGCUGUGACUACUCAUAACGACCUCCAUAUGCUUGCAUUCCAUCAACCAUCCAUAUUAUUUGAAAAUUAUUAUCAUUUUAAUGAUUUUCAUUAUUUCAAAGAUAUUUUAAAGAAUUGCUUUAGCAAUCUUCUUUGUCUUCUUUCUUUUCCUCUUUGCUCGUCAACUUCCAUUCAUUUUGAAAUAUGACCUUACGGAACCAUUUUGGUGGACUAAUGAGAUCACUGCAGAAGGCUGUCGUUGUUCAGUCAAAGUGUGUUCCUUGACUUAAGAAAAUGAAUGGGUAACAUUAACUUUGAGGAUGAAUUAUCCCUUUAACAAUUGUUCUGUGGGCAGCUGAUGAUCCGUUUUGUUUUGUUGUUGUUGGGGAAAUGUUACCAGUGCUCUAUUUGUCCCAACUUGUUGGUUCCAAUAUGGGCUGAGCAUUUGUCCAACUACAAUACAUUCUUUCACCAUUUACCGCAUCUUUGUCUCAUAAAGCAUACAUAUUAAAAUCAUUCCUAUUAUAUAGCCUGUUUUAGACUAAUUUCACCCGUGUUACUGACAUUGGUGGGGAUAUUAUCAAGAUCCUGAUGUGUGUGCUGUUACAUAAUGAUUUCAUUCAUUGUUAGCAGUAAAGCACCAAUAUUAAAGCCUGUUAGCCAUUUUAAUGGAUUACCAGACAUGCAUAGGAAAAUCCCCAUCUGUUAUCCUUGUAGAAUGAGUGUGAUUCUAUUGAUGAUCAUGAGUGUUUGUGUGAGUGAGAGAAAGAGGAGCAGGAGUGAGACCAGACUCGCCAGAAAUCCAUAGAGCUUGGACUUAUGUAAAAGGACAGAGGCAGGCUAUAUAUCUAUUGAACUCUAUUAUUUAGGAGUGGGUGUCACACCAUGCUAUUGCUGCUUAAGAAAUACUGUAAUUACUGUUUAACUCAGUGGCUAUCAGUUUUCCUCUUCUGUACUGCUGAAUUUUCCCCCAGCCUUGUGAAUUCAGUUCAAAUUUGUCUUUAUAUACUGACCUGCCUUUUUUUGUGUUGAGAUGAAGUGCACUACCAAGGAACCGUCCUGAAUAUUUCUGUAAAUUAUUUGAAUUGUAAUAAUAAUAUUGACAAUAAAGAAUUGCUCUGCCUUGUUA